UAUGCUAUAUUCUGUUUCCUAAAUUUUCGUUGAUGUAGACUGUAAUGAUUGUUUACAAUUAUUUUUGUCAUAAAUCGUUCAUGAUUUAUUGAAAUUUAUAUUCCGAUGGAUGAAAACGAUCGUAAUAAAUCAGAAAACCCAGUUCUCCAUGUGCUGGUGGUUGGUUUUCAUCAUAAAAAAGGCUGCCAGGUUGAAUACUCGUUCCCACCUCUGAACCCGGACGGCAGUGAUGACUCGGAAUGCCCGGCCGGCUGGAAGUACCUGCCCACCCUGGCUCUGCCCGACGGAUCCCACAACUACGAGGAAGACACCGCCUUCUUUCAUCUGCCCUCUCUCUCCGACCCACACCGCACCGUCUUCGGCAUUUCCUGCUUCAGGCAGAUACCGGUCGAGAAAUUGAAGAAACGGACGGCCGACAUGACCCGCGGCACCGUGCAGAAGGCGGUCUGCGUUCUCAGCCGUGUUCCGCUCUACGGUCAGAUCGAGGUCAAAAUGGCGCUGAUCACUCACGCCUACUUCGACGAGGGCGACUUCUCCAAGGUGCAGCUGCUCGCCGACACCUUCCAUCACCUCAAUGCCUGCAUCAGUCACAAGCUCAAUGAUCAUCAGGAUGGCUGUGAUAGCUGGGACCAGGGCCAGGCCUUUGUUGGUCUGUCAGUGCGUGACUUGGUACUGCAUUGGCGUCACAAGGCACUGUUACUAUUCAAACUGUUGCUGUUGGAACGUCGCGUGGUUUUCUACAAGUCACCAGUGCGACCCCUGUCGGCCACCAUCCUCACCCUCCUGUCUCUACAUCCUCACAUGAUACAACAUGGACUCUACCAGUCUGCCUGCAUACAACCUUCGCGCCCCAUGUCGCCUGUUCCACAAUUCGCUGCCAAACAAGAAAACAACGGAGAAGAAGAGAGCAAACAAAAAGAAGAAGAAGGGGAAGAGGAGGAGAGAAGUAGAAGAAAGAGAAUAGGUAGAAGACGAGCUGAAGAAGGAGAAGAAGAGAUUGAUAGGACAGCGAAUAUGGGAGAGGAAGAAAGUAAAAGAGAAGAAGGAGACGGAGAACAGAGGAAGAAUAUGGGCGAAAGAAGGACGGAGGAGAAGGAGAAGGAGGAUGAGAAGUCACGUAGAAUCGGAGGAGAAGCGGAAGAAGAAGAGAGUGGGAGAAGAAUAUUAGGAGACGAAGAAGAAGAUGGGAGAGAAGUUGGUGGAGAUGAAAGAAAGACUGAGGUUAGAAAGGGAGAAAGAGGUGGAGAAGGAGGAGAAGAUGGAGAAAGAGAAGAAGAAUUGAAGAGGAGGUUGGGUGAUGAUGGAAAGAAUCUUGAAGAAGAAGAAGAAGAGAGACGAAAAGAAGCUGAAGGUGAAAAGGAGGAGAAGAAGGGGGACUUGGUGGAAGAUGUGAAGAGACGAAUGAGGGUGGAAAGGGGAGGUGAAAAUGGGUUCAAAGCGGAAAAAGUGAAACGAAACGGGUUUAUAGAGGGUGUCGCUGCUACGAAUGGAUGUAAAACGGAACAGGGAAUUGGUGGAAUGGAGGAAUGCCGAGGAAGGAGUGAUAAAACGGUGGAGAUAACCAGAGAGACGGCCGUAUGCGACAUUGCCUAUGUGAAGUUCAGCAGACGUGCGGUGACUGAUGACGACGCCGUCGGCGCGGAUGACGUGUGCACAGAUGACGUCACAUGCGACGUGACAAUAGCCGCAUUGCCGCGUGACGUUAGCUGUGAGACUCUCAGAGACUCGAGUGACGUCACGGCGCAAACAAAUAUGGCUGCCGUUGCUAGUAUGGACGCACGUGGAUGCGGUCUACCGCUUGCAGUAUUCGAAAAGGGCUAUCUGUGCCUGCCCUAUCUCUCGCUGCCCUACUUGGAUCUUCUCUCGGACGACAAUGUGAGAGGAUAUGUGGUGGGGGCGACCAAUGUACUAUUCAAACAAAAGAAGAAGCUUGCCGAUGUGCUAGUCGAGGUAGACGGAGCCCGCAUAGAAGUGGUCACCCAUCCAGUGGCGACACCGCAGGACUUGCGACGUCAGCUACAUCUGAGCACUGAGGAUCUGCGAUUCGCCGACUAUCUGGUGCGUCACGUGGUGGGGACACCGCCUCAGGACACCAGUGGGGCGUUGAAGACUCCUCAGGACACCGGCAAGGAAGCCAGGACCCCGCAGCAGGAUGUGUUUGUGGACGGAGUUGGCUGGGAGGGAGGUGAUGAAUGGAUUAGAGCUCAGUUCCACGCCUACAUGCUCUGUCUACUUCGCACGUCUCUGCUGCCAGAUGGAAGCCGUGAGCUGGACCAUUUCAACGCCUCGUUUGUGUCAGCCUUUCGACGCACGCACAGCUACCAGCAGUGGAUGGCCGAGCUGAGUGGUGACACACCCUCCCUGUGGCAGUUGUCACCCGGUCACCCAUUCGCUGGCGGCUCACAGCUCAGUGUCGCCGAUAUGCGACUGCGCAUCUCUCAUACGAUGCAAAACACGGAAGGAGGGAGAAAACUGAAUCAAGCCAUGGUUAGCACGGGUCGGGCAGUGGCCACUACUGGAAGAGCUGUUGGUGGAGCGAUAUCGCAAGCCAAGGGAGCCCUUUCCAGCUGGUGGUCAAAUUUGACAACCGCCCAAAGCCCCACAGACGGGUUGACGCCUGGGGCGUUCCAAGAGGAGGGUAUCAUACAGCCAGGGGGUGAGAAAAAUGAUGCGCCGUCUCUAGAAAAUAAUUGUCAACCAGGGGUUGAUAGAAAUGAAACGUCGUCUUUUAAGAAUAAUUGUGAGCCAGGGGGUGCCAAAAAUGGAGCGCCGUCUCCAGAAAAUGAUUGUCAGCCAGGGGGUGAUGAAAAUGAUAGUCUGCCACUUGAGAACGGAUUGAAAUCAGCUGAUGAGGAGGACAAAUCAAGGUCAAAUCAUACGAUGACGUCAUCAAAGAUUUUGCAAGUCUGAUGUGGCAUAGUGGAGUAAAGAUAUAUGAAACAUCAAUUUUUAAUUUCAAUCUACUGUGUGAGGUUCACGUUAUAAGUCAGUGGAAAUGAUAGGACAACAGAGUUGCCGAUUCUCUGCGUUACCACCGCCUUCUAUAGUAGAUAGAUGUGAUUCAAGUUAUCCCCCUGUAUCUGAUCUGAUAUUAAUUGUAGAUUCUUUUUAAUAAUUCUGUCAAAUAUCAUACUUUAUGCGUAAGGAAAUAUAAGUUCCUAUGAUUUAAUACUAUAAAUUUUCAUAGUUGAGAUGAAAUAUGUAGGUAGUUGAUUAUGAUUGUUCAUAAUCUAGAAAAUAUUUGGCAAUGUAGGUAGAAGAGGAUAGAGCUAUCUGCUUUGUGGAAUGAUAGACGAGGAUAGCAACACCAAUGUUAAUCAGGUGCUGACUUUAUAACGUGGACCUCAUUACAGUUUCUAAUGUGUUUUCUUCUAAAGAAAUUGUAUUUCUUGUUGAAUACCUCAAUAAAAAUUUUUGUUACUAAAAUUAUUUCAGAAAAAUAAUGUUAAUGCAUACAAUACAUUUUUGUUAACUUUGCGUUAAUUUUUCCAUCGUUUUUUUCAGUCAAUGCUAAUUUAAAAUUACUGCAAAAUGUUUUCUAAAAUUAAUUUCUCAUUUUAUCUAAGAUGUAAAUAUACAAGCAAAAUUAAAAUACUCUGUACCUAUCUCGGACUAUGUGUAACCUUGUCUAAAUUUGGGAGAGGAAUAGCACAAGGUUACCUUAUUUUUUCUCUCCCUAUCAUUUUGAUGAUGUACUUAUUGUAUCAAUCAAUGAAGAAUUGGCGGAGUUGAAUAUACUCCUAUACAUAUGGGGAAAGUAACCCCCGUUACACGUACCGGCGGUUAAA